UUCGUUGUUCAGUGUUAACGUAUUCUUUCAUUGUCAUAUUUUUACUAUUUCUUAAACGCAGUAUUGUAAAUUUUAAACAGUAGUUUAUAUUAUGCACACAGUGGACGAGGUGUAGUUGGGCCAUAUUUAUUUUGUAUUAUAAUUGCCAUCUAAACCUUCGCUUGUUCUCUUGGUUUUUUAUCAUACGUUUAUAAAACGCCAGUACGAUUUAUCGAGAAUGCGCUAUGCUUAUUUCUAUCUUGAAAUUAUUUCGUGGAAAUUAAACAUUUUAAUUUUUAAAACGAUCAAAUUUUUUAUCAAUUUUUUUAUAUGCGUGUCAAGAAAUUAAAACAUUUUGCAUUUUAUAUAAAUCAUGUUCUGUUACGUGAAUUGUGUGAUUAUGUUAAGUAGCUUGGUGACCUGUGCCAAAGUGUUCGCCGCGAAACAAAAUCCUCCUCAUAUAGUUUUCGUGUUGGCCGAUGACUUGGGUUGGAACGAUGUCAGCUUUCAUGGAUCAAACCAAAUAAACACUCCCAACAUCGAUGCACUGGCGUACGAUGGAAUAAUAUUAAACAAUCAUUACAGCGAAUCUUUGUGUACACCGUCCCGGUCAGCAUUACUGACCGGAAAAUAUCCUAUCCAUACUGGAACUCAACAUAAUGUGAUAUUAGAGCCCGAACCUUGGGGAUUACCAUUGAAUGAAAUAUUACUGCCUGAACGUUUAAAUAAACUAGGUUAUACAUCUCAUGCCGUGGGUAAAUGGCAUUUGGGUUACUUCAAGAAAGCUUACACGCCUACAUAUCGAGGUUUUAAAAGCUUUUAUGGUUUCUGGAAUGGAUAUCAAGAUUAUUAUACACAUAUGGUCCAAGCAACCUUUGCUUCUUUUGAAGGGUUUGAUAUGAGACGUGAUUUAAAUCCUGACUGGUCAAGUGUUGGGAAAUAUUCGACACAUUUAUUCACCAAAGAAGCUACUGAUAUUAUAUCGAAACAUAAUAAUUCUGUGCCCUUGUUUUUGUACCUAGCCCAUUUAGCUCCUCACGCAGGUACUUACGAAAAUCCAUUACAAGCACCCCAAGAAGACAUAAAUAAGUUUCAAUCAAUCAAAGACAAGAACCGCCGUAAAUAUGCUGGAAUGAUUACGAAUCUUGAUGAAUCGGUGGCUGAAGUGUUUAAUGCAUUACAUAAAAACAAUAUGCUUGAUAAUACAAUAUUCGUAUUUAUUUCGGACAACGGUGCUCCAACUAAUGGGAUCCACAGAAAUUAUGGUUCCAAUUGGCCGUUAAAAGGAGAAAAAGCUACACCCUGGGAAGGUGGUAUUCGAACUGCAGCAUUUGUAUGGAGUAAAUUAUUAACGAAAAGAAAAACACUUCCAAAUCAAUUAAUGCAUAUUUCUGAUUGGUUACCUACAUUAUAUGAGGCAGCAGGUGGAAAUACUGAAGAUCUUGGUGCUAUUGAUGGCAUUAGUAUGUGGGAAUCGUUUUUAAGUAAUAAAAACUCUCCUAGAAAACUAGUGUUGCAUAAUAUUGACGACGUAACUGGUUACGCGGCAAUCAGAGAUACUAAUUUCAAAUACAUAAAAGGGAGUACAUUUUUGGGUUAUCUUGACUAUUGGUCAGGAUCAUUAUCUCCGAGUGAACUCCAUUAUAAUGUCGAUGCUGUAUUAAACAGCACUACAGCCAGCAUAUUAUCAGAAAUAAACGGAGAUCGAUUAACGCCGUCACUGAUCGCGUCAAUUCGCAACAUUUCGACAGUACGGUGUAAUUUCGAAAAAGAUAUGAAACCGUGCAAGCCGUUCAUCAAUUCGUGUUUAUUUCACAUUGUUAAAGACCCUUGUGAACAAGUCAAUUUAAAUUAUAAACCUAACAGCAAAAUGAGAAAAUUUGUACAGGCAAAAAUCGACUAUUUCGAGACUUCUCUGGAAAAAUUCAGAGAAUCUGCAUGCAAGCCCAUGAACGUGAGAAGUUCCAAAAAUGCAAAUCCUGCUUUGUACAACAAUACGUGGGUCAACUGGGAAGAUCAUCAAAAAAUUAUUUAAAUGAUCGAUAAAUAAAUAAUGAUAGAAUAAUAGAUAUUCGUGUUUAAAUUAUG